CAUUAUUAUGGCCUCCGUUGUUCCUUAUCUCUUCUUCUCCUAGUCCUCUCCUGUUUCCUCCAUUAGACCGCCCACCCAGAUCCCACUUCCCCCUUUUCUGUUUUCUCUUCAAUCCUUUUUUAAUCCAAAAAGUUGAGCUUCAAUUACAAGAAAACGAAACCCAAUUCACUGACAUGAACAAAUUCUAGCCUUGAUUUUUUUUUUUUGUGUUCAUUCCAUACUCUCCAAACAAAUGAAGAGAGAACGCCAGGAAAUCUGUGGAGCCACUAGCUAUGGCAGUGGGAGUGGCUCAAAAUCUGAGAGUUCAACCAUUGGUAAUCCAAACAAAGAAAAGUUAUGGGAAGAAGAGCAAGAGGCCGGCGGGAUGGACGAGCUGUUGGCCGUUCUGGGUUACAAAGUUCGGUAUUCAGACAUGGCCGAUGUUGCUCAGAAAUUGGAACAGUUGGAGAUGGUUAUGGGAACUGCUCAGGAAGAUGGGAUUUCACAUCUUUCUUGUGACACUAUUCAUUACAAUCCUUCCGAUCUUUCUGGUUGGGUUCAAAGCAUGUUGACUGAGUUAAACAAUCCAGCAGCAGUAAAUCUUGAUCCUGUUUUGGCGAACUCGGAUUCCAAUUCUUCCAUCCUUGGUCAGAUUAAUCAGGAUCCUUCAAAACCACAACGUCAACAACAACUUGUCAGCAGCAAUCAAUCUCAGGUUUAUAAUGAUGAUUCCGAGUACGAUCUCAGGGCAAUUCCAGGGGUUGCUGCUAACCCGCCACCAAAAUCAGAAUCAGAUUCGGAAAGUACCCGGAAACGAAUGAAAACUUCAGUUGGUUUAUCUGGAUCCACUGGAUAUGGUUCAUCUUCUUCAUCACCACAAGGAAUUGGAGUUUCGGGUGCAGUAACUGAGUCAACUCGCCCCGUUGUUUUGAUUGACUCGCAGGAAACUGGGGUUCGACUGGUUCACACCUUGAUGGCCUGCGCUGAAGCUGUUCAACAAGAUAAUCUCAAGCUAGCAGAUGCUUUAGUCAAGCAUAUAGGCUUACUUGCCGCGUCUCAAGCUGGUGCCAUGAGAAAAGUUGCUACCUAUUUUGCUGAAGCCUUAGCGCGUAGAAUCUACAGGAUUUACCCACAAGACUCCCUUGACCCAUCUUACACCGAUAUUCUGCAGAUGCACUUCUACGAAACUUGCCCCUACUUGAAAUUUGCUCAUUUUACAGCCAAUCAAGCUAUCCUGGAAGCUUUUGCAACGGCGAACAGUGUUCAUGUUAUCGAUUUCGGGUUAAAACAGGGGAUGCAGUGGCCAGCCUUGAUGCAAGCUCUUGCAUUGAGGCCAGGCGGGCCACCAGCUUUUCGGUUAACGGGAAUUGGCCCGCCUCAGCCGGAUAAUAGUGAUGCUUUGCAGCAGGUGGGCUGGAAGUUGGCUCAGUUGGCUAAUACUAUUGGUGUCGAAUUUGAGUUCAGGGGAUUCGUCGCCACUAGUUUGGCUGAUCUUGAGCCUGAAAUGCUCGAGAUCCGCCCUCCCGAGGUGGAGGCAGUGGCGGUGAAUUCUGUUUUCGAACUUCACCGCCUGCUAGCUCGACCUGGCGGGAUCGAAAAAGUUCUUUCUUCGAUCAAAGCACUGAAGCCCAAAAUUCUUACGGUUGUGGAGCAAGAAGCUAAUCACAACGGUCCGUUUUUCUUAGACCGGUUUACUGAAGCUCUACAUUACUAUUCCAGUCUUUUUGACUCAUUAGAAGGCUCCGGGGUUGGGCCGCCGAGUCAAGACCUGGUAAUGUCCGAGUUAUAUUUGGGAAGGCAGAUUUGUAAUGUGGUUGCCUGUGAAGGGAUGGACCGAAUUGAGCGACACGAGACGCUGACUCAGUGGAGGACUCGGAUGGAAACGGCUGGCUUCAGCCCGGUUCACUUGGGUUCAAACGCGUAUAAGCAAGCGAGCAUGUUGUUGGCUCUCUUUGCUGGCGGUGAUGGGUAUAGGGUGGAGGAGAAUAAUGGUUGUUUAAUGCUUGGGUGGCAUACAAGGCCGCUCAUCGCCACCUCGGCUUGGCAACUCGCCACCACUGAGUCAGGAUAGUGAGCUGACUCCGGAACUGAGUUCAAGAAUCCCAAUGAAAAAAGACUGGGGAUAUAUUUUAACUGAGUUGCGAGUGUAUGAUUGAAUGAGAAACGAGGGUAAAUGAAAACCAAUCCAAGUGUGUAAUUCUAGUUCUUUUUUCACUUUGUAGCCAAAUCUUUUAGUCUUUUUCUUGGUUUUUUUGUUUUCUUAGGGUAGAUUUUUUUUAAUGGGAGCCUUUGUAACUUUCAAGGUUGGAUCAAAUGAUAAGGCCUACCUUUUUUGCCCUUUUGAGUUUUUUCUCUGUGUUUUAGAUUUUCUAAAUAAAUGGGUAUGGCAUGAUUCUCA